AGUACGUGAGCAAAUAUAUCUUAUUUUCUACUUUAAAAAGAAAUUAUGCAUCAUAAAUUGCUUCGAUACUAUGAAAUAACAUGAUUUGGAGUGUUAAAAUUUAUUAACUAAAUGAUAUAUGAUACCAACAAAGUAUAAUAUGAGAUUAGCUAACAAAAUAAAUCAUAUAUAUCAUGAUAUACAAAAUGAAGUACCAAAUAAAAGUUAAGAUUUUAAUAAACAAGCUAGCUUGAACUCGACUUGACUCGGCUCGUUAAUAAAUGAGCUGAGCUCGACUCAUUUAUUAACGAGCCGAGCUCAAGUUGGGGUAAAACUCGACUCGACUCGACUCAUUUGCGGCCCUAAUAACAAUAUUCUAGUUGUCUCAAGAAGACAAAUGAGCGAGUGGUUUGUGUUCAAUUUAAAAUAAUCUGGUUUGAUAUUUGGUUCGCUAAUAAAUGAAUGGAGUUUGAGCUAUGUCGUGUUCACAGUUCGUAAGAUUCAUGAGCUAUUUUGCCUUGGUGGUUUGUUGACUUGAACUCAACUAAUGAGUUAUACUCGUUUUGAGGGCUCAUGAGUUGGUCGGCUCAUAGUCUUUCUACGGAGUCGUCUCGACUGGUGAUUUUUUAUAAAAUCAAUAUAUAAGUUAUAAAUUGGUUUAUUGAUAUUCAUAUGUUUGUUAAAUUAUUUAUCUAGAUGUUUAAUAUCACGAGCACUUGUGUAAAUAUGUAUCAUUUAUAAUUUGAUAGAGAAAUUAUGUUUCAAAGUCAAAACUCGGCUAUUUUUUUGUCCCGUCCGUCCUAGGUCAAUAAUGGAGACGGGCAUGUCGGCAUAAUAAAUCAAAAAAUUGUGGGAUUGCUUCAUUUAUGGCUUUACGUACCCAACCUAGAACAAAGGAUUGCAGAACAGGACAGGAAAAAAGAGAUGUGGCCGUGUGGGAUAUUGGCGCAACCAAUUAAAGUCUCAUAUUAAUUUGGGUAAAUCUUGCAGAAUGCAAGGACUACCUGAGCAAAUCCCUGAUUCUGCUGGGAGAGAUUGGAGGAAUCGACUACAACCGUGCGUUCUUCGAAGACGUUGCCGCCGACGAGAUCAUCGCCAUCGUGCCAUAUGUCGUCGCCGAGAUUGGCAAAUCAAUCCAGGUAAAACCUAAAAAAAAAAAAAAACAUUUUACCAGCUGAAAGUUUCUUCCAUAAUUUUCACCCGCUUAUUAUUACUGUGAUCUUGACUGGUUUUAGAAAUGAAAAUUUCGAAAUGCAGCAAUUGGUUGAGUUAGGGGCGGUCACAAUUCUGAUCCCCGGGAACCUCCCGAUCGGGUGCUGGCCGGGUUAUUUGACCAAAUUCUGGAGCCCCAACAAGGAAGAUUACGACCCGUUAAGCGGCUGCCUCGUCUGGUACAACAAUUUCGCCCAGCACCACAACAUCCUUCUCCAACAGGAAAUUGCUAGGCUGCAGAAGCUCUACCCUCGCACAAACUUGAUGUACGGGGACUACUACGGCUCCGCCACUCGAUUUCAUCGACACCCUGAAAAAUUCGGUACGUUCUUCUAAUCUCCCUAGUGUCGAAUAUUAGGGGUGGGCAAACGGUUCGAUAAACCCGAACCGAAACCGAAUUAAACCGAAACCGAAACCGAAAUAAUGCUAUUCGGUUCGAAAUUCGGAAGGAAAAUAUGGAUAUUUCGGAAAUCAGGGUUCUUUCAACCGAACCGAAAUUCCGACCGAAAAUCCGAAAUACUAUAAUUGCAACCUCCAAAUGGUGGAUUUUUAUGUUUGUAGUUGUUUUUUUACUUAAAUAUUUGAAAUAUUUUAUGACUUAUGUAUUGAAAUGUUUCAUUUUAUCAUUGAUGAUGCAUAUAAUUGCAUAUUUAUUGUUUAUAUUAGGGGUGAAAAAUAAUUUAAAAGUGAGAAGAUACAAGUAGCCUCAUAAAUUCGGUUUUGUGUUAAAAACCGAACCAAACCGAAUUAUAAUUUGGUUUAAACCGACCGAACCAAAUUAUAAUUCGGUUCGAAGUUUGAGAGAAUUCGAGGACCCGGUAUUCAUAAUUUCGGUUCGGUCGAAACCGAACCGACCGAAUGCCCACCCCUAGUGUCGAUAUGAUUUUUCGUGUAGAAUUUGAUAACGCGGAAUUGAAACGAACACAGAACACAAGAGUUUUACGUGGUAUCCUCGAUCGAUUGGUUGAUCGAGACUAAUCAACGGUGAGCUCGGAAGUGCUGACAACUGACGUUUUAUUGAACGACUACAUCGUGACGGCUUGCUUACGACAAUCUCGUAGCUAAACUUAUAUAGAGAGACUUAGGGUUAAAACCCCAAUGACAACCAGGUUUCCUUUUUUGACAAGGAGAAGGAAACAAGGGACUUUGAAGGACAAUGAAUUAAUUAUUUUGACCUAAUAAUUAAUAUCCUCGACAUUUCGUGAUAGCAGAAAGUAAGGUGUGCAAUGAUAACGAUUUCGAUAUUGACUUUUGUUUGAAUGGGAUUGUGUUCUUAUCUAUCAAACCUUGGUGGGAAUUUAGGGUUCACCGGAUCGGCGGUGGUGGCUUGUUGUGGCGGUGGAGGUCCGUACAACUACAACGAGUCACUGAUUUGUGGGAACGAGGGCUCGAAGGCUUGUGCGGAGCCGUCGACUUACGUGAACUGGGACGACCAUCAUUUCACCGAAGCGGCGUACAGGAUAGUGGCUAAGGACGUUUUGGAAGGCCCGUUUUCGACUCCAAGAUUCAAUGCGUCUUGUCUGGUGGGCCGGGCAAGCGACGAUGGGCUUCAUUCUGCCUAUUAGUUUUGUUUUGGGCCCACGAAGGGAAUGUCUAGGGCAUCGUUCCAGUGAUUGAUAAUCUGUUAAAUGGGCAUUUUGUUUCUGUUUCAGCCUACUAGUUUGUUGUGUUGUGUACUUGUGUGUCCUGAUUUGUUGUUGUCGCCCCGCUUAUUAAGCGGAAUAGCAAAACUACGGGAUGAAUUAUGUUAGAGUGAUCGAUUGAUAAAAAAAAAAAAAAUGAUUGAAUUAUGUUGUACUAUUUUUCUUCUUCUCGCUUCUUAGUUCUUACCAAGCCUUUUUUUGUCAACAGAGCAAUCAUCUAUAGGACAAAAAAGAUAUACAAGUGUUUUGUCUGCUUGGUUAACUUGGAGGGAAGGAGCUGAACGCUAGCGUUUGAUAUAAACAACCGAACUCUACAAUCAAAUCUUAAAUCUCUAUUUCUAUUGUGUUAGCUCUUCUUCUUCUCUCGUAGCUAGUUCAUCCAAUAGCUACGAAUUGAGACGAAGACAAUGGCGGAUACAUGGAUUGGAAAACCCCUAAAAUUUGAAAACAUGAUUAUUCAACCUUCAAUAGUAGUUUGCGUAAAAGUAAAGUGGUAGUGGGAUA